AUGGAAUUUUACGAAAUCAACUCACGGCGCGACGAAGUCGACUCCGUAUUCCACGCGACCGAAAACCACAACGUGCGAGACGCGUUGCGGUGGUCCGUUCGGAAGACGCAGAAUGCUGCUACAGGGAUAACGUACUCUCGUCGAAGCGACGGUGGUAGCAACGACGGCGAUAUACGCGGCAGCAGCGGCAGCAACGAUGAACGCGAAAUCGGGCAAGAGCGAAGAGCGUGCGCGGCACCUCGACGCGCACUUUUACGCGACACUCCCGAAUCGAGACGCCAUAGAACGCGAAAUCGCGCAAGAGCGAAGACCGCGCGGCAUCUCGACGCGCACCUUUACACGACACUCCCGAGUUCCGAGAAUUGUUCAACGAGUUCCGACAUCGUUACCAAGAAAAUGGAGACCACAGCCGAGAAUACAUUGAAUGCAGAAGGAAAAGGAAAUCGCGCGGAAACACGUAUUUAAUGUCUUUAAGGCCGCGUCAGUCACGCUCCGGUUACGUCAUUGCACUCGCGAUUACAGUACGGAGAUAAUUGCGGCUACGUAACUAGCAUCGAGCGAAAACAGAUGUUUUCCAUAGUCGUCAAUUUCUAUACGGCACAUCCAUCGGGCAUAAGUAAUUCAUGUAUUCCGCGAAAACAGAACAAUUUUUAUGCGUCCUACCAUGCAAUGUCUUAAGCGCAAAACAGGAUUCGAAGCUGAUCAUUAGUCUCUCGCAAUCUCUCUUUCGAUAUUCCAUUAUUUUUCCUACGCGUUUGAUGCACGCGUGUUAAUACAAUACUCUUCUUACGUGUUGUUUUCCUUUCAAAAUGCAUAUUAUAGGUAUUUUAAGUACUUGCAUAAACUUCGUUUACAUUACA